AUGCACACUGUGGAACAAGGAGACAACUAUUUGUCGUGUGAACACCUGCAGUCGACUACUGCACUUGUCUUACCAGUGAUUACCCUGAUCAGCUUCUCUGUUCUCGGCUUCAUCUUCAUCCACCGGUAUAUCGGAGAUCGUCGGAGACAAGCAUACAUCUCUGAAAUCAAACAAACAGACCAAGACUUCUGGCUCCAGUCUAGCAUCAUGGAGAAAGGCGAUAUCAUCUCCACGGACUCGCAAUAUCCAUCUGCAUGUGAUAUCCUGCAACCUUUAUCGCAUACAAGCCUCCUCCCAAGCAGUGGAACCCUCGCUGCACAAGUCAGAGAACAACAAAACGAGAGAGCCGCCAUUGAUGCGAGUAGUCCUACAUCUUCCAAGGCUUCGUCACUUGAGGCAGCGGAGGAAGUGCAAAAACGCAAUGAAUCGGUCCAGCAAAUGUGCGAUGAGGAUGCCGAGGGAGGGCGAACCUGGAAGCGGGUGGUUGUUGAAUACAGCUAG